CUGCGGUUCUCACACUGGCAUAAAACCUCAAAGCAGCCCGGUGGUGUUGUUCAGUUAUAUCGUCUGUUGUUGUUUGUUUUUUAAAUUAAUUUUAAGCUCCCCAAUGACAUCGUUGUAUGUCUCUCUCUCACCAGGAGGACGGCGGUUCUCAACCUGACAUGAUUCAAAGCAAGGUAGCCCGCGCUGCUGUGGUCGUGGCCAUCGUAGCGGCGUGCGUCUUCCUGACUCUUCACCUGACAUCCGGGAGGAUAGAAUCCUUCAACAUGGCUGCUCCGGAAUUGCCUGUCGCAGACCGGGUGGUACCAGGUUAGUGCUUUACAAAAAAAAAAAAAAAUAGGGCUGAAUGGUGGAUAUCUAUAAAUAGAACUGAUGUAAUCAUCCUGUGCGUCUUCCUGACUCUUCACCUGACAUCCGGGAGGAUAGAAUCCUUCAACAUGGCUGCUCCGGAAUUGCCUGUCGCAGACCGGGUGGUACCAGGUUAGUGCUUUACAAAAAAAAAAAAAAUAGGGCUGAAUGGUGGAUAUCUAUAAAUAGAACUGAUGUAAUCAUCCGGUACUCGGUUCGGACAAAAUGUAAAAAAAAAAAUUUAGUACUACUCUGUAAGGGAAGAGGCCCUUAACGUAAAUCAAAACUUGUUUACAGCUAUAUUUUACGAAAUAUUCUACACAAUUUUUUUUUUAACUGCUAUUUUGUGAAACGGUACUUCAUUGAGCGUACGGCACUUGUAACAGUGACUCUAGAUACAACGAUCGUCCGAACGAUACGCUGCAACACACUGAUUAGCUUACCUUCUUUUAAGAGUGUAAGUGUAAGAAAUAUCUGUCCGGUGUUCUGAAAAAUAGCAGCGCUAUGACGUUUCCUUGUGAGAAAUGACAAACCCCAUUGCCCUUUACAGGUCCUGGACAGUUGGUGGGCCCAUUGCGCAGCCGCGCACAGCUGGUGCGGACGCCCCCUCACCACCGUGACCGCUGAUCUCGUCAUAAUCAUUAACCAGAAUUCAGCUCAUUCGGUCUGGCCCCGGCCAACAGCUGUUCUUUCACCAUAAACCAUACCGAAUUAGUUUAUUGGAGUCUAAUAAACGAAGCCCCUUCGCAUAUAUAUUAUGUUCAGCUGCUGCUCCCAGAGGCGUAGCUAAGUGGGGGGGGGGCAGAGUUUUUUUUUUUUUUUUUUAAAAAAAACACUACAAACUUAUCAGGCAGUAGAAUGGCCCAAUCUUUUUUUUUUGAACUUGAAUACAACACUCGUCACCGCCCACUCCCCACUCCCCACACGCCCCCCCAACCCUCUCUUUUUUCCCCCCGGCCUACAAUUUAAAUCCUGGAAAAUUGUUCUUCCUUUUAUUCUGUCACGUGAUAUUUUAAGUUUUGCUUUUCUGUCCGUAAAUAACGACACGAAUUUAGUUCGAUUUUUUUUUUUGUAAACCUGAUAAUGCAUAGUGAAGAAUUAUUUCCUUAUGGCCCACCCCCCGCCCCCCACCCCCAACCCUAAACGCCAGUCACAAAAGCUGGGUGACGUCAUUUAUGGACAGUCACGCCUCUUGAACUUGCCGCCAUCUUUCUAUGAGCUAAGAUAGUUUAUUUGGGUUUUUUUUUGGGAGGGUGGGGGAGGGAGGGUCGAGGGGGGUGGUGGAGGGAGGGUCGAGGGGGGGGGGAUGUUUCAAUCUUUUUUUUUUCCCUUGCAUUUAACGUUUUAUAUUUAUUUAUUUAUUUAGGCAUUUUUAUAUAGCGCUUAUCAUAAAGCUCUAAGCGCUUUACAAUUAUUAAAACAUGUAAACUAAGUAAAUACAAAUGAGACACUAGGAUAGUAACUACUAUUCUAUAGAAACAAUGAAAAUGGCUAUAAAAAGAGGACACUUUGACACUUCAGGAUUAAACCGAAACAGAAAAUUAGGUAGGGCAAGGAGGGUGCAUCACAGGUCAUAGGCGGACCUAAACAGAUGAGUUUUAAGGGACUUUUUGAAAAUGGACGAGGUUUCACUAUGACGUAUAUGGAAGGGGAGCUGGUUCCAGAACGUGGGCCCAUGGAAGCAGAAGGAGCGUUCACCGAUGGUCUUAGUUUUAGUUCUUGGGAUUGAGAGGGUUCUACUGUCAAUGGAAGAACGUAGUUGUCUUGUGGGGAUGUAAGGAAGCAACAGUUCAGAGAGAUAGACAGGAAAGUGAGGGUCAGUGAACGAGUUGAAGCAAAGAUUGGAAGACUUGUAUUUGAUGCGAGAGGAUAUUGGAAGCCAGUGGAGUUGCCGCAUGUGUGGUUGAAUGUGGUCAUGUUUCUUUAAUUUAAAAAUGAGUCUGCAUGCUGAGUUCUGUGCCUUCUGAAGUUUUUCUAUGUGGUGUUGAGGAAUGCCUGAGAGAAGAAUGUUACAGUAGUCAAAUUUUGAAAGAAUGAGUGAAGAGACGAGAGUUUUUGUGGCAUCAAAGGAGAGGAGGUGUCUAAUGGUGCUGAUUUUUCUAAUUUCGUUAUAUGCUGAUCUGCAUAUAUUCGUGACAUGUUUGUCCAUGGAGAGGGUGUCUGUAAGCGUGACUCCAAGGUUUCUGGCAGAGGGAGAGAGUGUGAUGUCAGAGUUGCCAAUAGAUAUAGAAGAAGGAGCGAAUGGAAGGAGAGGUUUGUUUUGAGAGUGGAUGAGAAGGAUUUCCGUUUUAUCAUCAUUUAGCUUCAGUUUGUUGCAAGUCAUCCAACGCUUUACAUCGUCCACGCACUCCUGUAUGCGAAGGAUUGUGGCAUCAAGUUGAUCAGGAAAGCAAGAGUCACUGAUUUGAGUGUCAUCAGCAAAGGAUUGACUGGAAACUGAGUGGUGGCUAAUGAGAGAUGAUAGAGGUUUAGUGUAGAGGAUGAAAAGGACCGGCCCAAGGACCGAUCCUUGAGGAACUCCAAUAGACAGGGCUGAAGGUUUGGAAGAGCGGUUGGAAAUAGAGACUUUUUGAGUUCUGUCAGAAAGAUAUGAUUGAAACCAGUUUAAAGCUGAGCCAGUAAGUCCGAAAGAAAGAUGAAGGCGGUCAAGAAGAAUCUGGUGGUCAAUGGUAUCAAAUGCAGCAGAGAGAUCUAACAGAGUGAGAAUAGAGAGUUUGCCAUCGUCCAUCGCGCGCAGGAGGUCACUCAUGACUCGGACCAGUGCUGUUUCUGUGCUAUGACCAAGUCGGUAGGCGGACUGAGAGGAAGGAUAGAGAUUGCGAGAAUGAAGAUAGCCAGAGAGCUGAGAGAGUAUGAGUUUUUCUAUGAUUUUUGAGAGAAAGGAGAGGUUGCUGACGGGGCGGUAAUUCUUGAGUGUGUUUGGAUCAAGUGAGGGUUUCUUUAGGAGGGGCAGGACAAUCGACCGUUUAAAAAUGGGAGGGAAUAUGCCAGAGAGAAUCGAAGAAUUUAUGAUGGAGGUGAGUGCUGGGAGGAGGACGUCAAGGCAUUCUACAAGCAGUGGGUUGGCUGAAUCAGGCUUUUAGCCGAUACCCUCAUUGUGUUGUCUUUUUUAAUUUUUAACAAGAUUUCUUAUACCACUUGAGCUUCAAAUUUCCCAACAAAUGCUUCCACAUACCAUAGAGUAUAUUUUUAAAAAUAUAUAUAUAUAUUGGUCACUUUCAAAAGUUUUAUAAUUUCACUUUUCAUAAUUCCUUACCUGUCCUGCCUUCAAGCGACAUAUCCGACCCACCAGCGACAUAUCCUACCCACCAGCAACAUAUCCUACCAACCAGCGACAUAUCCUACCCACCAGCGACAUAUUACCCACCAGCGACAUAUUACCCACCAGCGACAUAUCCUACCCACCGGCGACAUAUCCUACCCACCGGCGACUUAACCCACCCCCCAGCGACAUGUGGUUAUGACUGUAAAAGACAAGAGGUUGUAAAGAUAAGAGUGGGAUGAAUAAGGAUGUAAUAAUAGAUUUUUUUUUUCUUUAAAUUGUCUCAUUUUUUUAAACAUCUCAACUCUUCAUCAAAUAGCUUAGAAGGACAAUCCUGGAAUGGCAGUCUCGGCUGCACUUCUCGCCAGAGAACCUUUGACUCCUGGUCUUUCUCCCGUAAUGCUCUUUUUGUUGCAAGGGCUUUGUUUCGCGAAUCUUCUGCCUGUUUGCCCCCCUCAUACACUUCUGUUCACCAGCUGGAACGGUGGUCAGCGAUGAUCUCCCAUUCGUUAAUUUCUAUGUUAAUGGCUUCCAUCAAGUUACCUUUGCAAAUGCCCUUGCAAUUGUAGUCGCGGCCGUCCAAUAAGUCUUGUCCCCUCCUGCCAACUCUUCAUACAGCAGAUCCUUUGGACUACGGCCUCCCUCCACUCUCCCUGCAUUGCCUAACCAGCCAGGGCGCUUGUUGCUAAAAGAGGAGAACAUGCUGCAAAUUUUGACACGUUCCAAAGCCUCUGUGUUAGCCAAUUUGUCCUGCAAUCGAAUUUGCAAAAUGCGACGAAGGCAUCUGCUUUGAAAGUCGUCUAAAAAUUUUUAGAUACACAUUACCGACAAAUAUUAAACAUUCUGACAAUUUUUACGGACCAACACAAUCUUUUUAAGGAUACAUGUUAACAAAUAAAAUCAGGAUGAGAAAGGAAAAAAAUACAACAACAAAUAACUUUUUUUUUUUUUCAAUAUCCUGGUGACUGUUUUUAAUGUACAACAAAUAUCACUACAUGUAUGUAGUGUGUUUAAUGACAAUUAGGCUUGUGGGUCGUUUUGCUGUGUUGUUUUACUGCAUCGCGUUCUCAUCAGUGUAGAAUUUCUCUUCAUCAUUAUCACAGCAGUUUGAAGGCAGCAAGAAAAACUUCGAAACGCAGAGGUUCUCAGCUCUCGUCAAGAAGACGUUUGUCCAGUGUCACAAUUUGUUCACGUACAUCCAAAAAGAUCUUCCGGACUUCUGCGGACGAUUCAUUUCAGGUCAAAUUUCGCGGACUGUCCGCAAAUGUAUUGACAGUUGGCAACCCCGGCGUAAAGAAAUCGUAUCCACCUAUUUGAAAAUAAAUGGAAAGAACUAGUAAACGACAACACGCGAAAGCUCUGUGGUCAAUUUUCAUAAAAGUGGCAUGUCCAGUAUAGUCACAGUGAAUGAAUGAAACAAUUUUUUUUUUAAAUAUGCUUUAAAUACUGUCAUAUUCCGUUUGAUGUGAAAUAUCAUUCUGAAUUCACACCGUUUCAAAGGUUGAAUUAUUUGUGUACAGUGGAACGGAUUUUUUUGUAAAAAGUCAUGACCCAUCAUUUCAAGGUUUUGUUACAUGCAGUGUUGAUUAGCUGACUCUAGUAAUCUUAUGUAAAGUUAGCGUUAAUGGAUAUGAUGCUAGAGGCGAAGGUGGGUAACCUCUAGCCGAUGAUUCCGAAUACGCAUCCCUGAGAAAGCUGCUUCUAAGGCAACCGUUUCGUCCCAGCUACUUCGCAAACUAGUUGCGUGGUGGAAACCUUCUGUAGAAAAUCUCUUUAAGAGCGUCCGACGCCUCCCCGGGAUGGGUGGGGGGAAGAUAUGAGGACGUAAAUUUUACCAUCCCAACUACUAAGUCGAUCGUGUGCACUGUGUGUAAACACAGUGUCGGACCGACCGGGUGUCUUUGGGUUGGGGCGGCCCCAAUCGGAACCCGAUCGAGCGGACUCCGGGGGGGGGGGGGGGCUGUCCUAGCAAAGGGACAUCUCCAACGUUCCUCUACGCGGCCCGAUACCGGGCUCGGGGAGGGCAUAAGGAGCAUUAGGUCGACGGCCCGCUGACGCCAUUUCUUAAUAUGACAUUUCAGUAAUGUUAUGGGAUAUAUCCACCCCUCCCUCACUCAACCCUCCCCCUUUCUACAUUAUAAAAACACCGUGCUGGGAGCCAAGGUUUAGCAGGGGAAGUGUGAAUCAACCUGUGAACAAUUAUUAUUCCUUCAUGGCACCACUCAAUGACGUGGCUGACUGGAGAUGGCUGACAGGAGAGGGGUGUCGGGGGGGAGGGGGUGGCGGUGGGGGGGGUUAAGAGGCCGGAGAGACCCGGGCCAAGGUAACUGUGUUUGACUUUUAUUUUUUCUGUAACUAAUUUUUCUUUUCAACCGUGGUCGGAAAGGUGACAGGCAAUGAAAGCAUAAUAUAGGCGAGGGUGACUCGAUGUGUGAAUGUGGCGUUCGGGACAACAACAUGGCGUUGAAUUUUGUCGUGUUGGUAUUUGAUGUUUUGUUUUUUGUUUUUUUGUUCCACAAUGAAACACAAUGACUUCUCACAAAUCUGUGAUCACAUCAUUUCCUAGGGGCACUUAGUGAACUUAGCAAUAGAUCACAACAAACACAAAAUUAGAAAACNGGGGGGGGGGGGGGGUGGGCAAUCCCGAUUUUAAUAAUCUUAAGUCAAUUUUUUAUCAUUUUAACAUACAUUCUUACACAUUAUUUUUUUUUUUCAAAUUAGGACAACACAUAUUUAGCUCCCCUUUCCAUAAUGUGUAGCCCUGUGUUUAACGUAACUAUCGAAGAAAUAAUUAAUUUGGCAUAGUAUUUAUUUGCUAGUGGAUACGGAAUAAAUCCCCUCGAAACAACAGGUUUACAUGCUAGGAAAAACAACAGGACACGUUCUAUUAAUAGAACCGAAACACGUUAAUAUAUAGAAAUUGCACACACACGAAAAUAACAAAAGCCGUCUGCUUAUCUUAUUAUGCAAGCUAUUAAGAUGAAUCACUUCGCCGGCCGGGGGGGGGGAGGGGGCUGAGGGGGGAGAGACCGGCUAUAAAAAAAAAUUAUCCCCGUAGCGUUCACUGCAGGAUGUGUCGGUCCACGCGUGACCAAGUGUUGAAACGAUGGCAUGCUUUUUGGAUGCAAUAAUAGCAUUUGAACCGGACUUUCGUAUUUGCAUCAGGCUAGGGCGUGAGGUGAAGAGUGAGUGCUGGGCGUUGUGGGGCGGGGGGAGCGCUGGAUGCACAAAUAGAAUAGCACGGGCCCCCAAACGUCCUGCUCAACGAACAUGGUUUUAGAAAUGUUACGGGUCUGUUUCAUUGUUGGCCUUCAGUAGAAAUUUUCUGGGUCUGUCUCGUUAGAAUUUAGUAGAAAUGUUAUGGGUCUGUCUCGUUAGAAUUUAGUAGAAAUGUUAUGGGCCUGUCUCCUUGUUAGAAUUUAGUAGAAAUGUUAUGGGCCUGUCUCGUUGUUAGAAUUUAGUAGAAAUGUUAUGGGUCUGUCUCGUUGUUAGAAAAGUAGAAAUUGUUUGUGUCUGUCUCGUUGUCAGACUUCAGGAGAAAUUGCUACGGGUCUGUCUCAGUGUUAGACUUCAGGAGAAAUUGUUACGGGCCUGUCUCGUUGUUAGACUUCGGGAGACAUUGUUACGGGUCUGUCUCAGUGUUAGACUUCAGGAGAAAUUGUUACGGGUCUGUCUCAGUGUUAGACUUCAGGAGAAAUUGUUACGGGUCUGUCUCAGUGUUAGACUUCAGGAGAAAUUGUUACGGGCCUGUCUCGUUGUUAGACUUCAGGAGACAUUGUUACGGGUCUGUCUCAGUGUUAGACUUCAGCUGCAGAGUUAGUAUCUUGAAAAGUGGAGCGGCAAAAAUCUUUGCCUGGCAAUGGCGGCACUUGUACUCACUACGCCACUAGGCAGUAUAUCUAUCGGAACGAAAUUGACGAUAAUUUUUAUCGGGUAGUGGGUCAGAGAUUGAGGGCACCGAUGGUUCUUGGGCAGAAGAGAGGUUUUAUUUCAUGUAAUUGUGUUCGGGAAUUACCGUAGAUAUCGAGGAAGCCGAUGGCCCUUAAGCGACGGGAUGUUGGGGAAGUGAGGUGGGCUGGGUAUCUUUCCCAGAAUUUCUUUUAUUUCUUCAAAAUUAAAAGGUAUACUUUGGUUUAUAACUCAAUGAAAUUUACCUAUUUGAUCCGGGGAAGGGAUUUUUCAAGAUUCCGUUGAGGCAUUAUGGCUAACAGUGCCAUAUAUAAACUACAUUCACUCCGGUUGUGGCGCUGCCCCGUGUUACCAUUUUGGCCCGAGCUUAUCUUCAACCCCGCACUGUCACAUUGCUUGGCGAGACGGAAGGGGCAGCAGAAUUUCGGGGUGCCGAAAAGUCUCGAGCAAAAAGCGAGGACAAGGGCAACUUGGAAAAUAAUCGAUAAAUUCAAAAUAAUGGGUUUCAUUUUGGGGUAUAUUUGUAAUUGGCGUUUCUUUCAGACUAUUUGCGAAAAUGACAUUUUUAGACUUUCUUGUGAGAAGCGUCAAAAUUAGCCAUAAUAAAGAUCCGGUGAAACUAACUCCGCCCCAUGCCGACACGAACUAAAUUCAUUUCAGUUGUGGAGCCCUUUACGGUAUGCUUUUUGACCUAGCUUAGUCUCGCCCCUGUAAACCUUACAGUCCCCCGCUUCCCCCCCCCCCCCCCCCAAAAAAAAAAAUUUAAAAAAUUAAAANCUAGUUAAAAAUGUAGGUGCCACUUUACAUCAGAGCUUUCGUGUGAGCCCUUCAACCCCAGUGACAGCGUGUGGAGGCUGGGGGGGGGGGGCGUUCGAAUAGUUUUAACUACUUAAUGUUGUGAUGUGCACACUUUGUUAGUUAUCAAAUUAGAAAACAUGGUUGGGGAAGGACAAAACCAAAAAUUGGCAGAUGGCCCCGAAAAGACAAGUGAAGGAUCUGCUUGAAUUGGAUAUGUAAUACAAUAUAUAUAUAUAUUUUUUGUUACCUACUAAAUAUUAAUGUGGAUUUAUCUUUUAGUAAAGCUAUUUUUUAAAGUAAAUUACUUCAUAAGUAAAUGAAUUGCAACACACACCAAAAAAACUUCAAAUUUUUUUCAUAAAAAAAAAGACCUGUUAACAAAUUAAAUACUAUGAAUAUUAUUUUUACAUAUUGAACGCAAUCGAAAAAUUUUAUGGUGUUUUUAAAAUGGCCCAGCUAUGUUUUCAAACAGAUGAUGGUAAUAUUUAUUGAUGUGUGACUUUUAUCUUGUGGGGAAAUCUAUUAAAAAAUAAAUUAUACAUUUUCAAUUUUCAGUAGACGUUCAAUUAUUAUUGUGAUAAUAAUAAUUUUUUUAAAAAAGCUUGAUACAAGUAAUUUUUGUGAUAAACCUGGAUGAAUACUUACUAUUCACUUCAAAAUUUUACAACUAAUUAUCACAAAAAGGCUAGACCUUGAGUUGUUUGUUUACAAUGCAUGCAUGACCCAAAAGUCAUGAUAACUCUAUGUAGACAAUCUACGUGCACCAUACCAUAAUAUGAUAUUUCUAUCGAUUACAGAGAAGGUUACACCAGUCAGGCCCAACCCUAACCCCAACCCACUGCUGCUGGUGGAGGAUGUCGGCACAGGUGCGUUUUUUCCCGUGUGUUCCCUUUUUUUUUUUUUUUUAAAUGGCCGAUGCACUUUCUUCAUGUUAUUUGAACUCUUUCCAGUUUUUAAUUUUUUUUUUUUUUUUUUUUUUUUUUUUUUUAAUUUUUACAUUGGACGAAAUAGAAUAACUUUUAGUAAUUGUUGCAUUAUAAUUAAAAUGUCCAGCUGUUGAAAAAAUUGACCGUAUAAUAAAUAAUAAUGCACCAUACCCUUGCAACUGAAAUCCUUUGAAUUAUCCCUAAAUUCAUCGUCGUGAUUUUCCAUUGGUCCAGUUGCAGACCGGCGGUCUCUGUAAAAAAAUGAAAAAAAAUCUCUUUUGUUGUUAAACACCAGGUUUGCUCGCACACGUCAGGCGCAAUGGAUACGUCUUAGAUCUGGCCAAAUUGGACUUGAAUAAACUGACCGACGACGAGCUUCUCAUGACCGCCCACAGUUAUCCAGAUAAUGCGGAUGUGAGUCUCUAGGGCGCUGUUUUGUAUGUAGGACAACAGUGGCUGCCCUUGAAAUUAUAGGGAAGACUUUAACAAUCGUUAUUAUAUAUACAUAUAUAUAUAUUUAUAUAUAUAUUGUGUGUGUAUAUAUAUAUAUAUAUAUAUAUAUAUAUAUAUAUAUAUGUAUAUAUAUAUAUUUAUAUUAUAUAUAUAUAUAUGUAUAUAUAUAUAUAUAUAUUGUGUGUAUAUAUAUAUAUAUAUAUAUAUAUAUAUAUAUAUAUAUAUAUAUAUAUAUAUAUAUAUGUGUAUUUUAUAUAUAUAUAUAUGUAUAUAUAUAUAUAUAUAUAUAUAUAUAUAUAUAUAUAUAUAUAUAUAUAUAUAUAUAUAUAUAUAUAUAUAUAUAUAUAUAUAUAUAUGUGUGUGUGUGUGUGUGUAUAUAUGUAUAUGUAUGUAUAUAUAUGUAUGUAUAUAUAUGUAUGUAUAUAUAUGUAUGUAUAUAUGUAUAUAUUAUAUAUAUAUGUAUAUGUAUAUAUAUAUGUGUAUUAUGUAUAUAUAUAUGUGUAUAUAUAUGUAUAUAUAUGUAUAUGUAUGUAUAUGUAUAUAUAUGUAUAUAUAUAUAUAUAUAUAUAUAUAUAUAUAUAUAUAUAUAUAUAUGUGUGUGUGUGUGUGUGUAUAUAUGUAUAUGUAUAUAUAUAUAUGUAUGUAUAUAUAUAUAUAUAUAUAUAUGUAUAUAUAUAUAUAUAUAUAUAUAUAUAUAUAUAUAUAUAUAUAUGUGUGUGUGUGUGUGUGUGUAUAUAUGUAUAUGUAUGUAUAUAUAUGUAUGUAUAUAUAUGUAUGUAUAUAUAUGUAUGUAUAUAUGUAUAUAUGUAUAUAUGUAUAUUUAUAUAUAUAAGAAAAGCGUUUCAUGAAAAUAAAGAUAAUCUCCCCGUGAACGGGAGACCUGCCUUUAGUAGACUACAUGCAGAACUCUUAUAGUAUGACCUAAUUUUUUUUGUUUGUACGUCAAACAUAAUUCGACUCUCAUAUUGCUUAAUGCUUCACAUUUAACGAAUGCCCUGAACUUCCACGUGCAUAAAAAAAAAUAAAAAAAUAAAAAAUUCAAAUGACUUUACCAAACAAUUUCCGCUGUCCAUUUGCAGGUUUUAUGUCGCCGAAAAUUCCGCAUGGGAAAAAUCGCUGACGGAGGCUGGGAGAUUUGUGAUGAUCCCGACAUCAGACCCCGAUCCCCUUGCAUCAUCUACUCUUUUGGUAUCAACUACGACUUCUCGUUUGACGACGACGCCUCCAAAUUGUACGGCUGUCACGUGUACUCGUUUGACCCCAGUAUGGAGAAAGCAGAACAGAAAUAUAACAGGCAAUAACUUUUAAUUGUUCUUUUGGUUUGUUUUUUUUUUUCUUGUUUUGUUGUUUCUGUUUUUCUUUUUUUUUCUUUUUGGGUGGGGGUGGGGGUGGGAGGUUGUCUGAGUCAGAAAAAUUUCGCUUAGACCACGUUGCAUGCAUGAAAGAAAAAAAAUCAAUUAUUUCACCUUGCGUGCCCUCCUCAUUUUUUAAAAAGUUUUCACAAUUUUUAGAAAAUAUGUUUUUCUUGUAAUUCAGGCGCGGGCGAGUAAGAGGGUUGGGUAGGGCUAUGUUACAAGAAAGAUAAAACUUUAAUCAAAAUGCAAUGAUGUUAGCAAUGUAAAAAAAAAUCUAAGCAUAAAUAUUUCCUAAAUUUAUAAUUCAGUGACUUGGAAAUUUUUAUUUUUUUUUUAAAAAUUACGAAGUUACAAUACGCCAAAGCUUGAUUCAGUUGCAUGCGUAAAAAUGUAUUUUUUGAUAUUGCGACUUCGCAAUGGCAUGUAGAAAGAAGCACAAUAUGCCUGUCAAUAUUAUCCCGCUACCACCGGGUCAUAUUUUCUAGUUCUUAAUGUUUAAUUAUAAAUAAUGCGAUGUUUUAUAAUAAUCAGUUUCUCUGCAUCAAUUUCGGCAAAUUUUUAUUUUUAUUUAUUUUUUUUUUUUUUUUGCUCCACAGAUCAGAAUUUAUACAUUUCUACAAAAUAGGAAUCGACGGAAGUUCGUACAAAAAUGACAAAAAAUGGCAGCUCCACACUUUGUCAGACAUCCGAAAGCUACUCGGCCACGAAAAGACUCCGAUUGACGUCAUCAAAAUGGACAUAGAGAGCUCCGAAUGGGCUUCGGUCCCGCAAAUGAUCGAAGCCGGGGAGCUGAACAACGUCCGCCAGCUGCUGAUUGAGUACCACGUGACGUCAUCCGCCCGCGACUAUCUGCUGCCCAGGUUGAAGGUCAUGCAGGCCAUCGAGAAGGCGGGAUUUAAGAAGUUCUACGUGCACAAGAACUACGCAUGCGCCACCAACAUCAACGGUUACCCCAUAGCCAGGACGGCGUGUUACGAGGUCCACUAUCUCAAACGAUGAUCUGAUCCUAGUAUCAGAUCUUCAUCAAUUUAACAAAAAAAAGGAAUAUAUAUAUAUAUGCAUAUGUUACCGGCAAUGUGGCAUAGUAUAGAAUGCCCAGGUAUUAUAUAGAAUGCCGGAAGCUUUUAGGCAAAGUAUGAAAUAUUUGAUUUUCGUGAUUAUGUUACAUACUUUGCCUAGGCAUUUUAUAUAUUGCCUCCAUAUUAUACAUAAUGACAAAUAUACUUCAGGCAAAGUUUCAAAGGAGCGUGAUGAAAAAAAUUUUAUUAUAAAGAUACAUUUGAAAACAAAAGAAGAAAUAUGUAAUUAGUAAAGGAUAUUCUUAACAUCGAGCCCUGAAAGCAAAGGUGGCAACGACCUACUUGUUGCAGCAAGUAAGGCAAGCAAAGGUGGCAACGACCUACUUGUUGCAGCAAGUAAGGCAAGCAAAGGUGGCAACGACCUACUUGUUGCAGCAAGUAAGGCAAGCAAAGGUGGCAACGACCUACUUGUUGCAGCAAGUAAGGCAAGCAAAGGUGGCAACGACCUACUUGUUGCAGCAAGUAAGGCAAGCAAAGGUGGCAUCGAUCUACUUGUUGCAGCAAGUAAGGCAUUUUGAAUUGCAAUUGAUUUUCUAUUUCAUACAACGACACCAUGUUUUGGCAUUUGCUCUUGCCCUUGCCCAUGCACCUCACGAAUCCAUGACCGCUUCCUGUUGACUGAGAGAUAGCAGCAGAUCGGAGAGGUAUUUCAUGGUCAGGGACGUCUUCAACUCUCAAUAAGUCCUUUGGACAUGCAUCGAACUGUGAUCUCGCACACAGUUGUUUCAAGAUACAUUGUGCCGUCCCAAAUCGGUAAAAGCUGUCUUCUGUCACUGUCAUAAUAACUGCCAACAGAUUGCGCGAAUCACCCCAUUCCUUAUCAAUGUCAGGAAUAGAAACUCGCACAGUGGCUCCUAAAGAGCUUAUUUUCAUUUUUUUUUUUUUUUUUUUUUUUUUU